AUGUCGGCCUCGGAUUCGCCGCCGUCCAUGUCCACGCAGGCCUGGGACGGCAACGCUGCCUUUUCCCCCGCUGGGCCUCUCGACCCUGCCCUUGACGCUGCCCCUGCUCACGACCCUGCCCACGACGCCCCCGGCUUCUUCGACAGUCUCCUCAACCCCGCCUUCGCCUACACACGCUCGGCGCCCUACGACAUGGCGUCAUCGCGCCCCCAACCUGGCCGUCUGUCCAACGGCUACGUCGACCUCACCUCGUCGCACGUAGACCUCACGGCCCCCGACUCGCCGCCGCGACGACGAAAGCGCGACUCGCCGGCACCAGGCCCCUCCUCCAAGCGACACAAGCAUGACCACGGCACGUCGGCCGAGCGUCCCCACGGCAAGUCGCCUGCCAACAUGGUCGAGAUGGACCUAUCACAAGACGCUGCCCUUUUCGACCUCCUUCAGAGGCAGCGCGAAGAGGCGCUCGAGUCACAGCCCAGGCCAGAAGAGACCGUCACGACCUUCAACAACUUCAACUGCGUCAUCUGUAUGGACCGGCCGACGGACAUCACAGCCACAGCAUGCGGCCACCUCUUCUGCCACACCUGUCUCAUGGAGGCUCUCAUCGCCGGCGAAAACCGCACCGGCCCGGGGGAACCAAAACGAUCGCAGUGCCCCGUCUGUCGAAAGAGCAUCAGCCGCACCAGGGCUACCGACAUCAUCCCCAUUCUGCUAAAGAAGGGCCUAGCCACGCAGCCGCGGAGGAAGCCUGCCGCGAUGCCUCCCGCUACGGCCCCAAAGGUACAUUAA